AUGACUGUUUAUGUUUUUGGUUCAAAUGCUAUAUCACAAUUUGGAUUAGGAGAAGAUUAUACAUCUACACACAUCCCUCAACAAAUACCGUUUUUUGAUAAUAUAAAAAUAAAAAAAGUAAAAUGUGGUACAAUACACACACUAGUUUUAACAGAAGAUAAUAAAUUAUUUUCAUGGGGGUGUAAUGACGAAUACGCCUUGGGAAGAUCAGGUGACGAGUUCUAUCCACAAGAAGUUAUUCUACCAGAGAAACCAAUUGACAUUGCAUGUGGUACAUCAAUAUCUGCGUGUAUUACAGAAAAAAAUAAUGUAUUUGUAUGGGGUACAUUUAGAAACUUCAACGGUGUUUACGGCUUUGAUAAAAAUACUAAAAUACAAAAGACACCAAAAAAGAUAACAACAAAAUUUGAAAAAUUUAAAUUUACAAGUAUUGAAUGUGGAUCAAAUUUUGUAUGUUUACUUGAUAAAAACAAAAUAAUAUGGACAUUCGGUUCUAAUGAUUUUAAUGAAUUAGGUAGGCGAUCUAGUCUAAGAUCUAAAGAUUCAUCUUUAUUUCCUGGUCAGAUAUUCUCAAGUAGGAAAAAAAACGAAAAUCACAAAUUUAGACUUGUUAGGUGCGGAAGAAACCACGCUUUAGCUAUUAACACUGAUAAUGAAGUUUAUGCUUGGGGAUCUAAUAUUUAUGGACAACUGGGAAUAGGAAAUGAUCAUGAAACAAAAAAUAAGCACAAAAUAAAUAUUAGUAAUGUAAUGGAUGCUGCUGGUGGUUUGCAUCACUCAUUAUUUUUAACUUUUGAUGGAAAAUUAUACGGAGCAGGAAAUAAUGAUCAGGGACAAUUAGGAAUUUUAGGUAAAAAUAAUUGUCAUAGUCCAGAAUUAAUUAUUGAAAAUGUUAAAAAAGUAAAGUCUUAUGAAAAUUACAGUAUUUGUCAAAUUGACAAUUCUCUUUUUUCUUUUGGUAUAAGUUUUUUAGGUGGCACUGGAUUUGAAGAAGUUGAAAUUUUAACACCUAGAAAAAUACCUUUUGAAUUUCCUGAAAUUUUAGAUUUUGCAGUUGGUAGCAAUUUUACAAUUGUAGUUACUAAAUAA